AUGCAACUUUCAGAGGAAUCCAAGGAAGAGAAAUAUGUACGAGGAUCUGGGUUCCGAAGGCAGGAUGUGUGUAGCAUAGCCGGCGUUUUGAAGGGCAUAUGGGAAGGACCCAUGGAUGGAUGGAUGGAUGGAUGGCAUGGUAUGGCUGUACUACCGAGAUAA